AUGUCUGCAAGUGGCCAAAAUAAGAGUGGAUCAAGCAAUUGGAUAACUCAUCUCGUUGUUGGCAUAUUUUGUGGUGUUAUUGUUUUGGGUGUGAUUUGUAUUGCUGUCGUUAUUGUUGUCAUGAAGGUGAGGCUGGACAAAAAUUAUUGGAAAUUUUCUGUUGUCAGGAUUACUGUAUCGCGGAAGAUCACAAAAAGUGUACAUUUUUGAAAGUGGAACUUAUUUGAGCCUAAGGGAUUUUCAAGUUUUAACAUUUUUGAUAUUAAAAAGCUAGAUGAGCCUAAUGUUUUGUCUAAGCUCAAGCCUAAGGAUUUGGUAAAGCCUAAAGGUUUUGCUAAACCUAAGCCCAAGCUUAAAGUUGGUUAAGCCUAAAAGUUUGGUUUAGCCUAAGUUUUUUCUUAGGCCUAAAAGAAUCUUCUAGGCUCAACUUUCUUGUUAGGCUUAGAAAAUUCAAUUUAAAACAAUUCAAACAAAAUUCGAAGAUCUUUCAUUUUUUUCCACGUGGAUCAUAAAAACCUGAAAAUUGGGUCACGUGGAAAAUCAGUUCUACAGUACUUUUAGAAACCUUUUGAAGAAAUAUUGGAUCGAGUUCAGAUCUAGAAUAUUUUAAUCAAGUUCACACUCAGAAGUUUUUAAAAUUGUGCUCAUUUCUCUCGAGAACCCUCAGAAUCCACCCAAAAAACUUCUGAAUAAUCAGAUUCUCUGUAAUUUCCAUCUAUAUAUUUUUGCAGAUCAAAAAGAAGAAGGCAGCAAAAGCCCAAAACCAAUCCGCCAGUCAAAAACACAUCAAAAUGCUUCGCGAACGUAAACAAAGGCAAAAUAAGAGUUCGUCAAAAACCGAAACAUCCGAGACAAAUUCAACCCAAUCUCAACCAAAACCAAAGUUGCCAGCAAAAUCGAAACAACAACCAAUUAAACAACAACAGAUUGAUGAAGAAGAGCAACAAGAAACACCCUUGGCAAUUCAGAAUCUGAAGCAGAAGCCAGCUCAAAACCAACCUAAACCUCAGCAACAACAAACAUCUUCUCCACCCGAUCAAGAAGUUAUGAAAACUCAAGAAUUGUCGAAUGAAAAUGUUGAAGUUGUUAUGAUGAAAACGGCCAGAGAACAUUCGAAAAGACAAGUUCAAGAAGCUCCAGCUCAAAAUCAAACUCGUGGAAGUCAAGAAACUAAUAAUGAGCAAUCAAAUCCACCACCAAACACAACUAUUAUUUGUAAUUAUAAUGGGGAAAAGAAGUGGAGAGUUAGAAAUAAGGUUGGUUACUGAAUUUGAAAUUUUUUCAAAAUUGAUUUUUUGCAGCCUCCACCAGAUUUCUCGUUUUCAAUCGAAUCGGAUUGA